GCCACACGCGCACGUGCCUUUCGUCAACGCGAGACCGAACGCACGCGAUACAACGAGAGAGGGAAACGCGGCGCACGCAGUGGGAAAAGUUUACCGCCGAGUAUGCACGCACUGUGACGGGGACGUCCGAAAAGGGGAUUUCACGAGCGCGGAGUGCGCGCGGGCAAGAAGAGAGUAGCCGUCGACCAAGCCAAGAGAAAUAUGACGAAGCGCCGGGAAUAAGGAAAAAAACGAUAAAUAAAACGAAAAGCGAAGCCCGAAAGAGGAAACACCCGACAUGGCUACGGAAGUUCGCCCUGCCAGGCCUACCGUGCCCACGAUAAACCAGUCCAAGAGGCCCAUCAUCAUUUAUCCGACAGUGUCGCCGGAGAGCAUAAUAAUACCGAUAGUGUCGUGCAUCCUGGGCUUCCCGCUGCUCGCGCUGAUGCUCAUCUGCUGCCUGCGGCGCCGGGCCAAACUCGCGAGGGCGCGUGCCAGACGGCGCAACUGCGACGUCGAGCACGGCGCGCUCAGUCUCGUCAGAUUCAGCCCUGUGCAUCGGCUUGCCGGAAUAGAGAAGCCACCGAAGACGUUGCCGAUACGGGCAGAUCGAGGCUCUCGAGCUUUUGCAGCUUUGGAAUUGGAUACCGUUAUGGAAGAGCGCUCUGAUCCCGAGAUGAGCACCGCGGUGGAACUCAGUAGUCCUGACUAGCAUUUAGCCCCGGCGAUCUCGAGAUCGCCGAGGCCUUCGAAAGGAAACGCAGUGCCCAUACCAGCAGCUCACAGUCCGCUGUGGAGCACGCUGACAAACGAGCACGACGACUCGGAGCUGGAAGCUACCUAGCAGGAAACCCCGGGCGCUAACUACAUUAGC